UUGGGAAUGUCGCGGGGAUGGACCUUUGUGCUCAAAAUUUAAACGACCGUUGUUUUUUAUGGGUCCUGAUGUCAAGCCUGAUGUCAGGCCGGAUCCGCUGGCGUUGUCACCGUCGCCAGUGGAUGUCUUCACCCCGGUCGGUGGUCCGGCUGAGUUGUUGGACGCUCCUAACGAUAUCAAGCCUGAUCCGUUGGCAUUGUCGGCUCCAUAUCUGCGUCUACUGAAAGCAGCUAAUGGCUUCUCAUCUCGUACGACAGAUGCUAUUUGGUUCUGCUGUGAAUACUGCAAUUUCCAGUGUUUCGAUUCAGAUGGUCUCUCGGAGCACGUUAAGUGCCAGCAUCAAGAGAAAUCGCUGGACUCGGCUUUGCCGGACCGAAGGCUCAUUUCAAACAAACAAUGCGUUCAAGCUCCCACUGACAAGUCCGGCCUCUCGACGAGGCCGUUCAGAUGUCACAUGUGCAACGCUCCGUUUACGCGAAGCGAUAGCCUCGCGUUGCAUGUUCGGAUCCACACAAACCAGAGCAGAUGUGGUUUUACGGAACGUAGACGGACGCGCACCGGCGAGAAGCCGUUCACCUGUGAGCUCUGUGGGCGGUCGUUUCGGCGCAGAGGCACCCUCGCGCGUCACCGUCUUACCCACACCGGUGAGAAUUCGAUCAGAUGUGAGAUCUGUGGAAAGUCGUUUGUUUCAGGCGGCAGCCUUACGCUGCAUACUCGGACUCACACCGGUGAGAAGCCGUUCGGUUGUGGAGUAUGUGGGAAAGCGUACAGUCAGCGUGGAAGCCUUAGGUAUCACCUCCGGACUCACACAGGUGAAAAACCGUUCAGCUGCGAAAUUUGUGGUCGGUCGUUCAUUCAAAGGAGCCACGUUACCAACCACCUCCGGACACACUCAGGGGAGAAGCCGGUAAGUUGCGAACUCUGCGGGCGGUCGUUCUCGCAAAAGGCGGACCUCAUUUCCCACCUCCGCACUCACACAGGUGAAAAGCCGUUCAGUUGCGAAGUCUGCGGUAAGUCGUUCAGGCAGAGCAGUGGCCUUAGAUGUCAUCGCCGGACCCACACCGCUGAGGAAUCGUUCAGUUGUGAGGUUUGUGGGAAGACGUUUAGUCAAAGCAACAGCCUGAGGGUGCACGUGUGUUCACAUCAGUGAAAAUUCUUACUGAUGUCAUAACACGCGCUCGGGAGGAGGUUCGGCCAAUUCCCCCCGUUGCCUAAAAUAACCUCCGAACGGUGCAGCAUAGCGGCGCCUAACCUUUUCAUGGCCGGAUCCAAUUAAACAAGCCGAUCAGGUUAGAACCAGUCACCAGUGUGACUGGUGUAACACCAGUGAUAUUUUGCAUAGUACAAAUAUGUUAGGGAUGGUCGCAUGGGGAGGUCUUGGGAAUUCCGGGCAUUGUUCCGUAGUUUGGUCUCGUUUGACCUUACUUAACCUUGAGAUCAUGACCUAGGGGCUAAGUUUGGUGCAAGUGAGUUCUCAUGCGGAGUUAUCCACGUUGUGACUUUGGUGUCUCUGACUUUUGUAGUUUUUUUAGAUCUCAGGGGGUCAAAUUGAAACCUCCCCCACCUGAGCGGCGUCCCAUUUAGCCGGCCACCCGGGCGCGCGUCAGCGGCGGAAAACUUCUGGCCACGAGUGAUAUGCACGCUCACAUUCGUGGCCACUUGGUUCAGAACGCUGCUCGUGGAGCGUGUCAUAACACAUCCCUGUAAAGAAAUGCGAUCCUUUGUGAAAUUGCGGUAAAUCGUUUGACGUGAAAUAGUCACAUUCAGUUACGCUUCAAGGCAUAUGAGUGGGUGUUCCUUCGUGGUGUUUUAAAAACCGUUUUUGUACAAUGCGCUUUGCGUAUCCAUGGCUCCCGCAGCGCGUGUGGUGCGUGUCUGCGUGGUCCGCCAGAAAUAAAAUAAAACCUGUCGUUGA